GUAGACAUGUUAUGAUUAAUGAAUUUACAGCAAAUUAUUGAACUUAUCGGACUGUCUCUAUUGGCAUUUCAUUGGCUUCCAUUAACGGAGAAGCAGACUCCGGAGCAUUUCUAUCUCUUCGAAUUUAGUAAAGGGUUUUCCGAUCGAAUCAGAUUCGGACGGUGGCUUUACUCUACCCAAGCCCCACCGCCUUCAAUCUUAUCCCCAACUACUUCUCUUUAGAGUAAGAGAAAAUCAUACUUUCAGAGAGAGAGAGAGAGAGAGAGAGAGAGGGGAAGUACUGGGGAACGCACACUUACACACACAGUCACGUAGAGGGAUGUCGGCGCGCGUGAUGACGGUGGCGCAGGACGGAACCGGCGACUACCGAACGGUGCAGGAAGCCGUCGACGCCGUGCCGCUCAGCAACACGUGUCGCACGGUGAUUCGACUGUCACCGGGGGUGUACAAGCAGCCGGUGUACGUUCCCAAGACCAAGAACUUCAUAACCCUCGCCGGACUGUCUCCAGAGGACACCGUCCUCACCUGGAGCAACACCGCCUCCAAAAUUGACCACCACCAGACGUCUCGUGUUAUUGGAACUGGAACUUUUGGGUGUGGGAGUGUAAUUGUGGAAGGAGAAGAUUUUAUUGCUGAGAAUGUGACAUUUGAGAACUCUGCUCCCCAGGGUUCAGGCCAAGCUGUGGCAAUUAGGGUAACAGCUGAUCGCUGCGCAUUCUAUAAUUGCAGAUUUCUGGGUUGGCAGGAAUAUGUGUUGCCUUUCGGAAAGGGUGUUUCUAGGUCCUUACCAACAUCACAUUCACAUCAGGAUACCCUGUAUUUGCAUUAUGGAAAACAGUAUUUAAAAGAUUGCUAUAUUGAAGGAAGCGUGGACUUCAUUUUUGGGAAUAGCACUGCUCUUAUGGAGCACUGUCAUAUUCAUUGCAAGUCCGCUGGAUUCAUAACUGCACAAAGUAGGAAAUCUUCUCAAGAGACAACUGGCUAUGUGUUCUUAAGAUGUGUGAUCACUGGAAAUGGAGGGACAUCAUACACCUAUCUUGGACGGCCGUGGGGACCAUUUGGAAGGGUAGUUUAUGCAUACACAUGGAUGGAUGCGUGUAUCAAACAUGUUGGUUGGCAUAACUGGGACAAACCUGAGAAUGAGAGAAGCGCUUGCUUUUACGAGUACAGGUGUUUUGGGCCUGGUAGUUGCCCAUCAAAACGGGCGACCUGGGCGAGGGAACUAGUGGAUGAAGAAGCAGAACAGUUCCUCAAGCACUCUUUUAUCGACCCAGAUUUCCAAAGGCCUUGGCUAUCCCAAAGAAUGGCCUUGAAGAUUCCAUAUUCGGCUUAGGAAAUAAUUUAAUGUAUAAGGUCAGAUGCAGGAGAUUCCCAGCUUAUAAUCAUCGAAACAAGGUUCCAUAUUAGGCUUUCAUGUUAGAUUCAAUAAAGCUUCCUAGGUGCCGAUAAAAAUAAAUAAAGCUUCCUAGGUGGGAGGCAAAUAAAUGACACCUGCCGAUGCAGCGACUGUGUACGUAUUCUACGAAAAGCUGUGAUAUCCGCUUAGCAAUGUAUCUUGUGUAUUUUUAAGCAGCAAACUCUGCCUUUGUUUAUUUUGGGAUGUUAGAAACAUGUGGUACUUGUAGGAAUGAGAAAGUGUCUUGAGCAAUUCCAAAA